ACUAUUGGCUGGAAGUCAAAAAAUGGCUGCCCCCUUGACACGUACAUCUUGGUCCGUUUUAAAAAGAAAUCAGUUCCAGUAUAAACAACUCUUAACAAUUUCGUUUGUGGAUCGUUUUACACAAUACAAACAUUCGUACACGCAAGAUCAGAGGUCGCGAAUUUCUGACAAAACAAUUAGAAAUGUCUUGUUUUACACUAUUUUCUUCUCCGGUUUUGGUUAUAUUUUGUACAAAUGGAAAGAGGGUUGUCAGGACCGACUCAGCAACCUGAUAAAUCCUAUGUUCACGAUACAUGCUAAACCAGUUUCUUGGGAUGGAAAUGACAAUAGAAGUAGGUAUAAUUUUAUAGCUGACGUGGUUGAGAAAUCAGCUCCUGCAGUAGUGUACAUUGAAAUCCAAAACAACAAAAGAUUUGAUUUUCAAACAGGUAAACCGUUCAACAUAAGCAAUGGAUCUGGUUUCAUCGUUGAAUCAGAUGGUUUGAUAUUGACAAAUGCUCAUGUUGUUACUGCUAAGCCUAACACAACCGUCAAGGUACGUCUUUACGAUGGAACUACUUAUACCGGCGUCGUGGAAGACAUCGAUGUGCACAGUGAUCUUGCAACUGUGCGAAUUAACAAGAAGAACUUACCGGUAAUGAGGCUCGGUUCUUCUACAAAUCUUAGGCCAGGAGAAUUUGUAGUGGCUAUUGGAUCCCCAUUAGCUUUAAGUAACACAAUAACGAGUGGUGUAAUAAGCAGCGUAAGCAGGCAUAGCCAGGAACUUGGCCUUCUUAACAAACAGAUGGCCUAUAUACAAACAGAUGCGGCAAUCACUUUUGGCAAUUCAGGUGGUCCAUUGGUUAAUUUAGAUGCAGAAGCGAUUGGUAUAAAUGCAAUGAAGGUGACAUCUGGCAUUUCUUUUGCGAUACCCAUAGACUAUGCUAAAGACUUUUUGAAAAAAGCAGAAAUGCGCAGGAAAGGCAAAGGUACACAAUUUGCCGCAGAGAAACCAAAAACUCAAUAUAUCGGGGUUACAAUGCUCACCCUUACCCCGGAUCUUUUCUACGAAUUGCAAAAAAAAUUGAAAGGAAUUCCACACAACAUCAGAUAUGGAGUUCUGAUUUAUAAAGUCAUUGUAGGGUCGCCAGCACACUUGGGAGGUUUACAAGCUGGUGAUAUCGUGACGCAUGUGAAUGAUGAAGAAGUGGAAUCAUCCGCCAGUAUCUACAAAGCCAUAGAAUCGUCCAGGAUUUUGAGAAUGACUGUGAUCAGAGGCCUAGAAGUGUUACAUUUGCGAAUCGAGCCGGAAGAAAUUUAAAUUAUACAUCUAGUAGUACAAUUUAUUGUAACUAAAAUUGAAACAGAACUGCUUCGUCUAAAUAUGUCAUUAACGUUCUUUCUAGAAUUAUUUUCAUUUCUUUAAUUUUGUAUCUAUAUACCAUACAGUAUCGCCGCGUUAUUGUUUCGCGAGCCACGAUCAUCUAUCCAUUAAUAAAAUAAACAAUAUUUGACAAGAUUUAUUUCAAUCGGCAGAGUUACCAACAGGCCGAUUAUUACUUUGUCUUCAUUUCUUUUACUUCGUAUUUUCCAGUUGUCACGAAGAUUGAUGCCGUGACGAGGCCCUCAUUAUGUUAUCUGAUUGUCUUCUGCGUACGUGUACAUGCGUUUGUACGUCGGGUGUGGUCCAUUAGUAUUAUGUUUAUGUUGUUUACGACAUCAGUCGACCUCCGCAAAUAUGUGGCCGGAUCUCGAAGAGCGUAGCGUAGGCGUGGUCCGAGUAACUUUUAGUAUCCUUUUUUCUUUUUUUUUGAAAACGUUAUACUGGCCGCAGCGUCUUGUUGGAAUUCUUAACUACGUUUGCACUGUUGUAACAUCAUAUAGGCGUUACAUUAGUCAUCAUGUUAUAUAUAUACUUAUAUAAUUCUCUUAGAAACAAUAAGAACAGGCAACUUUUGAAAUAUUUGUAAAUUAAUAAUGAUUAACGAAUAGGAUGAAAAGUAAUUUUGUACUAGAAAUUUGUAUAAAAUCGUAUAUAGGGUAUCAAUGAUUUGGUAAAAUAAGUUAGAGUGGAAUGUUUUAAUAAAAUUACUUUAAAAGUU